AUGCUUUCCUUCCAAGGGUUGGCCGAGCUGGCGCACCGGGAGUACCAGUCGGGUGACUUUGAGGCUGCCGAGCGUCACUGUAUGCAGCUGUGGAGGCAGGAGCCCGACAACACGGGCGUCCUGCUGCUGCUCUCCUCCAUCCACUUCCAGUGUCGCAGGCUCGACAGGUGAGGUGGGGGGGUAGGGUGAAAGACCUGGAGGUCAGAGGUCAGCUCACACUGCAGUCAGUCUACAUGAUCUGGAGAGAAUACUGGGCCCACUGUGACUGGAUGGGACUGCAGUACUCUCGCGCUGCUGUUAACUGGGGCUGCAGUACACUGGCCACAAACAGUGCAUGCUACUACUACACGUCUGUGGUGGUGUUGGGGAGUGACGAAUGGCUGGUCUGUCAGUAAUCGCCCUACAUGUUCUACUGGUCUUCUCUUUUCCCACUCUGAAAUGACUCCAUUUAUGGUGGUGGUGGCUGUUUUCUCUUCUUACAGGUGUUCGAGGUGUUAGGUUUGAUCUGUCUGUCUUUCCCGGGUGUUUUGGGUUGUUGCUCUGUCACGAUGUACAAUAAGCACAAGGAAGUGAUUUGUGAAAUUUGAAUGAAACUUAAGCUGAACCCCCACUAUCUCACAGAACACGACACACCAGCUAGUGUGCUAAAUGAGAUUUCCCAUUCACUAAAGUACCAGUACUGGACACCACACCGCCACAUCUCUCCAGUACUGGACACCACACCGCCACAUCUCUCCAGUACUGGACACCACACCGCCACAUCUCUCCAGCCCAGUACUACCACCCAUCCUACCAGCCUCGUGACUCCCUCCACUCCUCCGUCCCUCCAGGUCUGCCCACUUCAGCACCUUGGCCAUCAAGCAGAAUCCUAUGCUGGCUGAGGCCUACUCCAACCUGGGCAACGUGUACAAGGAGCGCGGCCAGUUGCAGGAGGCUAUAGAGCACUACCGCCACGCCCUGCGGCUGAAACCAGACUUCAUCGACGGGUACAUCAACCUGGCAGCAGCCCUGGUGGCAGCGGGAGACAUGGAGGGAGCCGUCCAGGCCUACGUCUCCGCCUUACAGUACAACCCUGUGAGUGGACCUUGGACCCAGAUCAUGUACCUCAUCAUAAGCCAGUAGCCCAGCACAAAACCCAAUGUUUUUGUGUUCUGCCAAACCUUGACUCUGAACAUAUCUUACACCCUCAAGUUUACCCCAAUCUGAUAUCUGUUCUAGUAUUGUCCUACCCAGACAUUUGAUGAUCCCUUGUAGAUCUCAGACUGUAAUAUGUGUUAGUCAGUCUAGUAGUCCAUUUCUGGUUUGGAGCUCUAAUCUGUUUGUCUCCUUUUGUUUCCUGUCAGGAUCUGUACUGUGUACGCAGCGACCUGGGGAACUUGCUCAAAGCGCUUGGGCGUUUGGAAGAGGCUAAGGUAUGUUCCAGGGGCUUGACACGGCACAGGUUUUUGCUUAUCUUUUGUUUGUUUUAAAAUUUGCUUUGUACUUUUGAUUUCUUUGUAAGAUGUUUUGUUUGUCAGAUAUAUCCCCCCCGCCCCCUUUGAGCCCGAUGGCCAAAGGUGACCCUUUUAUUAUUUUUAUUUUUUUCUCCCCACUCAGACUCAUUCACUGGAGUGUGAUUUUUCUCUUUCCCUGAUGCCAUCUAAGGCCCCUCUCUACCCCCCACUCGCCCUGGGCAGGCCCUACACCCUGGCUCUGUGCUGGCCCUAA